AUGCCGCCUCGGAUACCCUACAGGCUCGCGGCCUUGAAACAUCCUGUACCUCUGACCGCCACUCGCAAUCUUCGACAGAGAGCAUCGCGGCCGUCAAAGCCAUCUCCGCCACCUAAGAGCGAGGCUCAGACAGGGCCAGCCAGCGUCGCUACCGCGCAAGGCUCUGCUACAGAGGAAGGCCAGACUGCUCCUACUCCCUCGAUAUCGGACGUACUUGCGCAGACAAAUGAUGCAGACAAUUCACUCCUUUCACCAGUACAUAUACCAGAAGAUCCCAAUGCUGUGCUCAAGUCGGAUCACCCCUCGAGAAAUCUCCUCGCCGAAUCCGGCAUCGUUGUGCAGCGGCAGCUCGAAAUGAUGAACGUGUUCCUCGGGUUCGAGCAGGCGAAUCGCUAUAUCAUACUAGAUCCUCAUGGCAAUCACAUUGGUUACAUGGCAGAGACAGAGGGCAGCGUAGCGAAAAGUAUGGGUAGACAAAUCAUGCGAACGCAUAGGCCUUUCACGACGAAUGUGUUCGAUCGUCAUGGGACGGAAGUGUUGAGAUUCGAUCGGCCUUUCAGCUGGUAUAAAUCGAUCAUCAAGGCCUACGAUCCUUUGGAGACCGGCAGCCAGAGCAAAGUGAAGCUUUCCACCUCAACAUCUAUACAACCUUCAACAGACGCAGGACCUGUGCAUCAUUUGUCUCAGUUGAGCUUGAAAGACAUGCGCAUUAUCGGCGAAGCUCAGAUGGAAUGGGCUCCGUUGCGAAGGAAGUACGCGUUGUUCCUUGCGCAUGAUCUGCCUCACGGCGCACCUGGUGAGCCCAUGGGCUGGACGAAAUCACAGCAAGGUCCAGACAUGGUUCAGUUUGCCUACAUUGAUGAACGAACCCUGUCAUGGGAUUUCUCACUCAGAAACUCGUCACACGAGCUACUCGCCUCGGUAAAUCGCGAGUUCCGAGGGUUUGGACGGGAGCUCUUCACCGACACAGGGUCGUAUGUGCUUCGCAUGGAUAGCGCAGGACUUGGUCAGGAAGCAGCAGAGGGGCAGCCAGACUCGCAGACAUCCAAAGGCGAGCGCGCGUACAGCGAAGCCCUGGGCGCAGCCGGUGCGAAGGGCAUGACACUGGAUCAGCGCGCUGUUAUGUUGGCGACAGCGGUCACUGUCGACUUUGACUACUUUUCUCGCCAUAGCGGCAACACAAGUGGCAUGAUGUUGCCAAUGAUGAUGGGAGGGACGGCUCCAGCGGAAGGAGCUGCUGCUGGAGGUGCUGCUGCAGAAGGUGCCGUAAUUGGCGGUGCUGGUCGUGCAGUAGGCGGCGCAGCUGGCGCAGGCGAGGGCGCUAUGGCAGGUGCUGGUACUUUGGCUGGCUACGAAGCAAUGCAGCGUGGCCUUGGACGCGACCAGCAAGAUGGGGCCAUGGCUGAUGAUGCCAGUCCGCAGAACGGGCCUCCCUCGGAUGCGUCCUACGGCGGCGCUUCAGGUGGUCAGUAUGUAUCGCCCGACCAGGCUCCUCCGGAGUAUCAGACUCCAGAGAAUGGCUUUGGCGGUGGACAAGGUGAGGACGCAUGGGGCGACGGCAAUGAUCCAUGGAAAGGAGCCGAUGGCAGCUCUGGAGGGUCUGGUGGCGAUGGAGGUGAAGCGGCAUCAGAGGGAGCCAGUGGAUUGAUUGACUCUAUUUGCACGGUUAUGUGA